UAACACCCGCUCGUGCGCCACAGGGGCCAACCCGAGCAGCGGCGUUCGCGAACAGUUGCUCCGCAUCUUCAACGGCCAUCGAUUCACAUUGCUGAUUGCCAUGUCAGGCUGUGACAAAUUUCAGAGGCUGACAGGGCCACCGUCUCUACAAGCAGUAGCGUCUUGACUGCACACCUGCUUCCUUCAUUACCACCUUCAAUUGCAACAUGAGCACCAUUCGCAGCAUGGGCCUCUGCCACCUUCAUAUACGCCGUCCACAGAUCGGUUCAUGGACACAAGCUUCGUCCAUGGUCAAUGGUGUCAAUAUUCAGCCGAAGAGCCACAGGCACCCUUCCCGAUGUGCAUAUCCCAAUCCGGCUCUACCCCCACUCUCAUACAUCAAACUCUCCAAGAUCCCUUCAAACAACCGUAGUCAGGAUCUCCUUGAUCUCGAGCUCAAUCGCAUCCAGCUCACUCUUGACUUGCUUCUCCUUCUCCGACAAGUCGCGCUUCAGCUGCUCGGCUUUGCUAUCGGUGCCGCCACCCAGGACCGUAACAAGCUCCCGGUACAUCGCCUUGGUCUUCAGGAUCUUGUGCCUCUCCAGCGCCACGAGCCGCUCGAGCUGCGCCGCGUACUGCGGAGAGACAAUCCGGGCAGUCUCGGCGAUCUGCUUCAUCUGGGCUUGGUUAGUCUCGAUCUGGCGGUAGAUCUCGUCCGAGCUGGCCUCGAACUUGGCCGCAUCCAGCGAGCGCUUGAACUCGGUCAUGGCCAGGCUCAACUUGAACCCAAUCUGGAUCUGCUGCGUUUGGAUGUCUCCGACUCUCUGUCGGUGCUGCUUCAGCGCCCGAGCCACCACGGCUGGAUCCUGUCAUUGACGAAACAAGGGGAGCCGAGACACAGAGGCGAUGAAGCGGAGAGUAGAAGAGGAUCAUGACAGCGAUAAGAACGAUAACUGGUCAGUACCGACAACAACGGUGCGCGAGGGAGUCGAUUUGCGUCGCGGUGCUCGUGGGAAUGCCAGAUAUCACGCCAGUCAUACAAGUCCACAAGGGGCAACAGGCACGAAAAGGCAGUUCCACAAAGUGCUCGACAAGGCGCAAAGUCAAGAGGAGGGGGAGUGGGAGCUCUGUAGUAGAAAACGACAUGCGGCCUGAUAAUGAGAGAAGCAAGCUUGUGAAAUAGAUCAAGCACUCUUGAGCAGAGAAGGGCAAAGAGAGCCCGAGGGCCACGUUUGGGUGCAUAAAUGGUGUGGUAAGGG